UUCUGUUCAGAGAACACCACCCAGUCACUGUUACGAGGUGCAAUGGCACAGCAAGAAGUUAAACUGCAACGAGAAACUUUCUCUUGUUCGAUCUGUCUGGAUCUACUGAAGGACCCGGUGACUACUCCCUGUGGACACAGCUACUGCAUGGACUGUAUUAAACGUAAGUGGAAUGGGAGGAGAAUCCACAGAUGCCCCGGGUGCAGCCAGACCUUCACACCGAGGCCCGUCCUGAUGAAAAACACCAUGUUAGCAGAUUUAGUGGAGCAACUUAAGAAGACUGGACUCCAGGCUGCUCCUGCUGAUCACUGCUAUGCUGGAGCUGAAGAUGUGGCCUGUGAUGUCUGCACUGGGAGAAAACUGAAAGCAGUCAAGUUCUGUCUCGUCUGCCUGGCCUCUUUCUGUGAGUUACACCUUCAGCCUCAUUAUGACUCCCCUGGGUUUAAAAAACACAAGCUGGUGGAGAAGAAGCUCCAGGAGAACAUCUGCUCUCGUCAUGAUGAGGUGAUGAAGAUGUUCUGCCGUACUGAUCAGCAGUGUAUCUGUUAUCUCUGCUCUGUGGAUGAACAUAAAGGUCACCACACAGUCUCAGCUGCAGCAGAAAGGACUGAGAGGCAGAAAGAGCUCGAGGGGAGUCGAGAACACAUCCAGCAGAGAAUCCAGGACAGAGAGAAAGAUGUGAAGCUGCUUCAACAGCAGGUGGAGGCUACGAAUCGCUCUGCUGAUAAAGUAGUGGAGGACAGCGAGAAGAUCUUCACUGAGCUGAUCCGUCUCUUGGAGAAAAGAAGCUCUGAUGUGGAGCAGAUGGUCCGAGUUCAGCAGAAAAAGUGAGUGAGUCGAGUCAAAGAGCUUCAGGAGAAGCUGGAGCAGGAGAUCACUGAGCUGAAGAGGAAAGACGCUGAGAUGAAGAAGCUCUCAGCACACAGAGGAUCACAACCGUUUCUCCACAACUACUCCUCACUGUCACUCAGUGAAUCUAAAGACCCCCCCAGCAUAGAUCUCCGUCCUCUGCGCUACUUUGAGGAUGUGAGCAGCGUGUCAGAAGCCAGAGAUAAACUACAGGAGCUUCUAAAUGAGAAAUGGACAAACAUCUCACUGACUGUGACUGAAGUGGAUGUUUUACUGUCACAACCAGAGCCCAAGACCAGAGAUGACUUCCUUAAAUAUACACGUGAACUCACACUGGAUCCAAACACAGCAAACAGACGCCUGUUAUUAUCUGAGGGGAACAAAAAAGCAACAUCAGUAAAACGACGACAGUCUUAUCCUAGUCACCCAGACAGAUUUACUAACAGGUGUCAGGUCCUGAGUAGAGAGAGUCUGACUGGACGUAGUUACUGGGAGGUGGAGUGGAGCGGAGGAGGGAUUCAUGUAGCAGUCGCAUACAGAGAUAUCAGCAGAGUAGGGGAGUUGGGUGAAUUUGGACAAAAUGAAAUGUCCUGGGUUUUAAUAUGUGACAGACAGCGUUACUACUUUUGUUACAACAAAGUCCGCAGUUCCCUCUCAGGUCCUGUGUCCUCCAGACUAGGAGUGUACCUGGAUCACAGGGCAGGUACUCUGUCCUUCUACAGCGUCUCUAAUGACACCAUGACCCUCCUCCACAGAGUCCAGACCACGUUCACUCAGCCGCUCUACGCUGGACUACGGCUCUGUUAUGGUUAUGGAGACACUGCUGAGUUCUGUAAACUGAAAAUGUUAUUUGACGUUUUGGACGUGUCUUCCUGCAGAGCUGACGGGCCCCAUUCACUGCAGAAACACAUGCUCUUCAGACAGGAGUUGUCUCUGAGAGCAGAAAUGGCGCAGCAAGGAGUUCAGCUGGACCGGGAAACUUUCUCUUGUUCGAUCUGUCUGGAUCUCCUGAAGGAUCCGGUGACUAUUCCCUGUGGACACAGCUACUGCAUGAACUGUAUUAAAGAGUUCUGGGAUGGAGAGGAUGAGAAGAAAAUCUACAGCUGUCCUCAGUGUAGGGAGACCUUCACACAGAGGCCUGUUGUUGUUAAAAGCACCAUGUUAGCAGUUCUAGUGGAGGAGCUGAAGAAGACUGGACUCCAGGCUGCUCCUGCUGAUCACUGCUAUGCUGGACCUGAAGAUGUGGCUUGUGAUGUCUGCACUGGGAGAAAACUGAAAGCAGUCAAGUCCUGUCUGGCGUGUCUGGUCUCUUACUGCAAGAAACACCUUCAGACUCAUUAUGACUGUGCUGCGUUUGAGAAACACAAGCUGGUGGAGCCCUCCAAGAAUCUCCAGGAGAACAUCUGCUCUCGUCAUGAUGAGGUGAUGAAGAUGUUCUGCCGUACUGAUCAGCAGUGUAUCUGUUAUCUCUGCUCUGUGGAUGAACAUCAAGGCCACCACACAGUCUCAGCUGCAGCAGAAAGGACUGAGAGGCAGAAAGAGCUCGAGGGGAGUCGAGAAAACAUCCAGCAGAGAAUCCAGGACCGAGAGAAAGAUGUGAUGCUGCUUCAACAGGAGGUGGAGGCCAUCAAUCUCUCUGCUGAUAAAGCAGUGGGGGACAGCAAGAAGAUCUUCACUGAGCUGAUCCGUCUCAUGGAGAAAAGAAGCUCUGAUGUGGAGCAGAUGGUCCGAGUUCAGCAGAAAAGUGAAGUGAGUCGAGUCAAAGAGCUUCAGGAGAAGCUGGAGCAGGAGAUCACUGAGCUGAAGAGGAAAGACGCUGAGAUGAAGAAGCUCUCAGACACAGAGGAUCACAACCAGUUUCUCCACAACUACUCCUCACUGUCACCACUCAGUGGAUCUACAUCCAGCAUCAAUAUCCGUCCUCUGCGCUACUUUGAGGAUGUGACAGCAGCCGUGUCGGAAGCCAGAGAUAAACUACAGGAGCUUCUAAAUGAGAAAUGGACAAACAUCUCACUGACUGUGACUGACGUGGAUGUUUUACUGUCACAACCAGAGUCCAGAGAUGACUUCCUUAAAUAUUCAUGUGAACUCACACUGGAUCCAAACACAGCACACACACAGCUGUUAUUAUCUGAGGGGAACAGAAAAGCAACAGUAACACAAGCCCAACAGUCUUAUCCUAGUCACCCAGACAGAUUUACUGAUCAUUGGCAGGUCCUGAGUAGAGAGAGUCUGACUGGACGUAGUUACUGGGAGGUGGAGUGGAGCGGAGACGGGAUUCAUGUAGCAGUCACAUACAGAGAUAUCAGCAGAACAGGUGUAUUUGGACAAAAUGAAAUGUCCUGGGUUUUAAUAUGUGACAGACAGCGUUACUACUUUUGGUACAACAAAGUCCGCAGUUCCCUCUCAGGUCCUGUGUCCUCCAGACUAGGAGUGUACCUGGAUCACAGGGCAGGUACUCUGUCCUUCUACAGCGUCUCUGAUGACACCAUGACCCUCCUCCACAGAGUCCAGACCACGUUCACCCAGCCCCUCUACGCUGGACUACAGUUCUAUUAUAAUUAUGGAGACAGUGCUGAGUUCUGUAAACUGAAAUAGACAGAAGUCAUUUAAGGGUUAAUUUCUGUCUUUUAACUCUUAAAUGUCUUUAGUCUCCAUGUUUGUUGCUGAGAGCUGGUUGUUGGGGCCUUUCUUCACUGCACAGAGAUCAGCUGUCAAUCAAACAUGAUGGGAUGUCCUUUGACAUCUUCUCAUUGGUUGUGUAAAUGUUUGAGUUUCUUUAGGUGGCGCUACUUCCUGUCUGUGUAGCCAUGGAGACGAUCCCUGAUUCUCCUGAUGUUAGUUGAUUUGAACUGAACAUGUCAACUUCUCUGUUUGAUGAAUAUUUGUAUUGAUUUAUUUGUAGCUUGUUGUUUCUCUUCCACUGCAUGAGUCUGAAGAGAGAAAGCACCAGACCUCCUUUAUCAGAGAUAUUUCUUCUUUGUGUACAUUUUUAAAGAAAUCUGUAAUCAAAUUUGAUUUUUUUGUUUUUGUUUGGCAGACCAAAUGUUGUUGUUGUCACAUGGUAUUAUAGAACUGUAUUGAUUCUGAUGAUAAUCAAUGAGAGGGAUAAGAAUCAAACAAGGUGAUGGUGUUGAUGAAGUUAAUCUGUUAACAUUGAACAGACGUUGCUGAUGGGAUGUUGAACAGACUGAAGGUUUACAUGAUGAAUAAACUAACAUGAACAAAGU